CCCUGGCUGCCACUUUGGCUCUCCUUCCGGGGAGACUGUAGAGUUGGCUGCCCCACUGGGUCCACAUUCUCCAUUUCACACUCUUCCUAAAAACCCGUGGAGCACUCACUGUGCUUAUUCCACAAUCUCUACUUGGCAAAUCACAGUUGUAAGCAAAAAGUAUUCGAGGAGAAAUAAGGCAUGACUCAUUCCUGGGAGGCCUGUAGUUAAUAAAGGUGGCAGUUAUAUAAACAAUGACUUAUGAUUCAGGACAACACAUGGUAUCACAGAGGUGUGUGCGGGUUGAGCCACAGGAGAAGCGAUUAAGUCUGCCAUGGAUUAGAUCAGCAGUGUGGUCAGAAGGAAGCAAUAUUUGAAGAAUGAAUUGAUGAGCCCAGAGUGUCAAGGAGAACAAACAGGAUGAUAGGAGAAGUCAAGGACUAGUGAUUUUCCCAUCCCUCGUGCGGGCACCUGGAAAUUGCUGCUAUCUGGCUUGCUCUCUUGGCUGUCUUUGAUCCUAAUUUAGGCACUACCUUCCCCUCCAGAGAAUAUACGGAAAUCCCCAAAUAAAAACCUCAGCAACUGACAAGAUUUUGAAUUGUUCUACAGCUAGGACACAGACACCAACCCAGCUUGGGGGAACAGAUUCAAACAGCCAUGUGCAUCUUUCUGGACUUGUGAGAAAUACUGGCCCCACUGAAGUCACACACUGAGUGGAGUUCAUGUGCCCCGUGCUCAAACAAUUUGGAUAUACUAAUCCUGAGACAAAGUGGAAACAGGGACUAUGAAUGAAUGCACCAGACAGAUGAAUGAUGUGGACCAGAACGUCCUCCAGAGACGGAUGAGAAAUGAAGAGGCCUAUGAGAGAAUCAGAGAUCCAGAUGAACUUGUGGACAGUACCACAAGAAUGGCUUUCUCGGUACUUCGGCUCACAGUCAUACUGGGACUGCUUGUCUUAAUACUGACCUGCCAUGCAGAUGACAAACCAGAGGAAACACCAGUAGAGAAACCAGCUAAUUCAGAAAUAAAGCCUGACACAGACAUCCCCAAAUUCCUAAACCUCCUGGGCACAGAGAUCAUUGAGAACGCAGUUGAAUUCAUCCUUCGCUCUAUGACCAGGGGAUCGUAAGCA